AGAACCCAAAGAAAUGGUGUUACCUGGCAAGAGAUCUGCACUCUCUUAUGAAAAAUCAGACCAAGAGCUCUGAAAUCAGCAAAGCAAAACUGAAGAGCAGAGCUGUUUGAGGAAUACAACAAGAGAGCAGAAUUUCAGAGUGGGAUAUCAGGUCUUUAGUGUGAAGAUACGUCGAUACUAAACCAAGAAUCAUUGGCAGUGACAUUUGGACACGAAAUAUUAGAAAACUAAAAAGUAAGCAGCUGUGAAGGUUGAUCAUGGAAAUCAAAGAGGAAGGCACAUCAGAAGAAGGCCAGCACUUCCUUCCCACACCGCAGGCCGAUGAGAGUGGGGACUUCCACUUGACAAGUAUUCAGAAGACGCCAAAUGAACCGCAGUUGGAAUUUAUCCUUGCUUGCAAGGACCUGGUGGCUCCUGUCCGCGAUCGGAGGCUGAAUACGCUGGUGCAGAUCUCUGUAAUCCACCCCUCGGAGCAGGGACUGACAAGAUACUCCAGCACGGAAAUUGUGGAGGGAACAAGAGACCCACUGUUUUUGACGGGUGUCACUUUCCCAUCUGAGUAUCCCAUCUAUGAGGAGACCAAAAUAAAACUCACAGUCUAUGAUGUCAAGGAUAGGUCUCAUGAUACCGUUCGAACCAGUGUCCUGCCCGAACACAAGGAUACCCUGCCGGAGACUGGGCGGAGCUUCCUGGGCCAUGCCAGUUUUAAAGUGGGGGAGCUACUGAGGUCAAAGGAGCAACUGCUAGCCCUGAGCCUGAGAACUUCAGAUGGUGGCAAAGUUGUUGGCACCAUAGAAGUCAGUGUCGUGAAGAUGGGGGAGAUUGAGGAUGGGGAAGCCGACCACAUCACGGCAGAUGUGCAGGGACAAAAGUGUGCACUUGUAUGUGAAUGUUCAGCACCAGAGAAUGUGAGCGGGAAAGACAACUUACCUUUUCUGAAUGCAGUGUUAAAGAACCCGGUGUGUAAAUUAUAUAGAUUUCCCACAUCUGACAAUAAGUGGAUGCGAAUCCGGGAGCAGAUGUCAGAGAGCAUACUUUCUUUUCAUGUUCCUAAGGAAUUGAUCUCUCUUCACAUAAAAGAAGAUUUGUGUAGGAACCAGGAGCUAAAAGAACUUGGUGAACUCUCUCCUCACUGGGACAAUCUACGGAAAAAUGUCCUUACUCACUGUGAUCAAAUGGUGAAUAUGUACCAAGACAUUCUGACAGAACUCAGCAAGGAAACAGGGUCCUCUUUCAAAUCAAGCAGCAGCAAAGGAGAGAAAACAUUAGAAUUUGUUCCAAUAAAUCUACACCUGCAGAGGAUGCAUGUACACAGCCCUCACCUGAAAGAUGCUCUCUAUGAUGUUAUCACCGUGGGAGCCCCAGCUGCCCAUUUUCAGGGAUUUAAGAAUGGUGGUCUUCGGAAACUACUCCACAGAUUUGAAACGGAAAGAAGAAAUACUGGCUACCAGUUUAUUUACUAUUCACCUGAAAACACAGCCAAAGCAAAGGAAGUUCUCAGCAACAUCAAUCAACUACAACCUCUGAUAGCAACCCAUGCAGACCUACUGCUUAAUUCUGCAAGCCAGCAUUCUCCAGACAGCUUGAAGAAUUCUUUAAAGAUGCUUUCAGAAAAAACAGAGCUUUUUGUUCAUGCUUUUAAGGAUCAGCUGGUCAGAAGCGCUCUGUUAGCACUUUACACUGCCAGGCCAGGAGGCAUCCUUAAAAAGCCACCCUCGCCUAAGAGCAGCACCAACGAGGAGAGCAGUCCCCAGGAUCUACCCCUACCAAUGAGAAGGCAGGAUUCCAUUCCCCAUCAUUCAGACUACGAUGAGGAAGAGUGGGAUAGGGUGUGGGCCAACGUGGGGAAGAGCCUGAACUGCAUUAUUGCUAUGGUGGACAAACUGAUUGAGAGUGAUGGUGCUAGUGAAGACAGCGGUGGCAGCAGAGAUGGAGAGCAGGACCUUUCUGUCGUGGACUCCAUUAAAACUCAUCCAAGGGAGGACUGGUAUGAACAGUUGUACCCCCUCAUCCUCACCCUGAAGGACUGCAUGGGGGAAGUGGUGAACCGAGCCAAGCAAUCCCUGACCUUCGUACUCCUUCAGGAACUGGCCUACAGCUUGCCCCAGUGUCUGAUGCUGACUCUGAGAAGGGACAUCGUCUUCAGCCAAGCACUUGCUGGAUUGGUCUGUGGUUUUAUCAUCAAAUUACACACAAGUUUGCAUGACCCUGGCUUCCUACAGCAGCUUCACACGGUGGGAUUGAUAGUACAAUAUGAAGGACUGUUAAGUACAUACAGUGAUGAAAUCGGAAUGCUGGAGGACAUGGCUGUAGGCAUUUCAGACUUGAAGAAAGUUGCAUUUAAAAUAAUUGAAGCCAAAUCCAAUGAUGUCUUGCCAGUUAUAACAGGGAGACGUGAACAUUACGUGGUGGAGGUGAAGCUUCCAGCGAGGAUGUUUGAGACUCUACCUCUGCAGAUCAAAGAAGGGCAGUUACUUCACGUACAUCCCGUACUUUUUAAUGUCGGAAUCAAUGAACAGCAAACUCUUGCUGAGAGGUUUGGAGAUGUUUCUUUGCAAGAAAGUAUUAAUCAGGAAAAUUUUGAACUUCUAAAAGAAUAUUACACGAUAUUUAUGGAAAAGAUGCCUCCUGAUUACAUUUCACAUUUUCAUGAACAAAAUGAUUUAAAAGGAUUAUUAGAAAAUCUCCAUCAAAAUAUCCAAGCCAAAAAGAGGAAGAAUGUAGAAAUCAUGUGGCUAGCUGCAACGAUUUGUCGCAAACUAAAUGGUAUUCGUUUCACCUGUUGUAAAAGUGCCAAAGACAGGACAUCGAUGUCAGUGACGCUUGAACAGUGCUCCAUCCUGAGAGACGAGCACCAGCUGCACAAGGACUUCUUCAUCCGAGCACUGGACUGCAUGAGAAGAGAAGGAUGCCGCAUAGAGAAUGUACUGAAGAAUAUCAAAUGCAGAAAGUAUGCUUUCAACAUGCUACAGCUGAUGGCUUUCCCCAAGUACUACAGACCUCCAGAGGGGACUUAUGGAAAAGCUGACACCUAAGUUUUCCAACAUGUAAAUAAACAGGAACACAAAUACGCUUCAGUUGGAUACUCUCUACUUUUUCGUUUUUCUUUUAUUGUCAUGAAUUUGUGGAGGGCGAUCAUCAGGGAUGUUUGCCCAAAUCUAGGAAUUACUUGAAUUACGGUUAUCAGCAUAUUACUCUGAAAGAUUCAUUUUUUUAAAAUCUUACAUAAUAUUGUCCUUUCCAGUUCUAAGUUUCUAUGUGUUGACUCUUGCUGAUUGAGAUCAGCUCAGAAUGUGUAACUUUCAUUCAUGGGGUAUUUAAUGAAAGACAUUCUGAGUAACAGGUGCCAUGGGGGACUAGCAGUGACUCAGAGAGCAGUGCUGUCCCUCCACAAUGAAGCUAGGAGAGUGUGACAGGGAGAGGGACUUUGUGAAAUGUCCCAGAUUUUCUCACACAUACUCUUAGAGCCCAUUUUGGAGGUUUAAAACAUAUUUUUCUAGUGAUUUAAAAUUAGGUAGAGUUAACUCAUGAUCCUGGUUACAGCACAAUUUACAGGUAUGCCUGUACUUUGUCACCCAGUCAAGAUGUGACUAUUCCUCAAACAGGUGGAUGGACAGUGUUAGUAAAGCAGUGAAAAUACUUUCCAAAAACAUGGUGUCUUUUCAAAGCUCUGGCAUGGGAUAUAUGGCCCUGUUGUAAAAGUAGCAGGAGAGAAAGUUGAAUUGGAUAAUGGGCAAAAUACCACGAGGAACAGAAACUGCAAGGAAACUAAAGACGGUCAGCCUGUUGAUGUCCUAAGUGAAAAUCCCCAUUGGCCUGAACUUUAUGUGGUCAAGUUCAUGACACUCAAGAAAAUGUCUCUGAGAUGUUUUCCAGCAGUCAUCUUGGUGCAGAAUAUAGAUGGUGUCAGUAUGCAUUACCUGACAUAGAAUAGUAUAUGUGAAUAAACCUUCUAACAUGUAUGCAACCAUAACUAAUGAUAAACCAAAGCAAUUAUUUCUGUUAACCUGAAUUUCAAAUUUGUCCUUAACUCAGUAAAAUAACACCAUAAAUUGUCUAAAAUUUUAAAUUAGAAUCUGCCUUAGAGAUCAUUUUGUGUAACACCUUCAUAAAUGAGUAAGUGAAAGCACAGGAAAGUUAUACCCCCAAUUACCCAGCUAGAUAAUUUUAGAACCAUGAGUACAAUCUUUUCCUACCGUCCUUCCCUAUGGCUUAUCUCUUCUCCAAAUUGCCAUGCCAAAUCUCCAUGAAAAUUAUAGGUCAGUUCUAGUUAGUUAAAUAGAAAUUGACAUCUAUUACUGGAAUUAAAACUUAGAUUAUAACACUGAAUAAAUGAAACCUGUUUUCUCUAAAUUUUAAGAAUUUAUUACUUUUCCUUUCUCAUCAGAGGAGCAUGACAUUGAUAGCAUAAAUCACCUUCAGAAAUUCCACAGGCUUGUUACAUAGAUAUCUCUUAGCUAAGACCACAUUCAGUGGAUGAUAUUGUGGGGGUUUCCAUAGCUAAUGUGAUAGCUCCUUGACUAAGACACUAAUUGAAAUAAGGAUUCCAAACAGAUCUCUAGGUUCAUAGGUUUUUCAAAUUAAUAAAAUUUUUUACAUAAUUGUUUGGGGCUUUUUAAUACUAGAAUUAUCAAUCUACUAUUUUAACUAAUGGCUCUGGGUGUUAUAUAUGAGGUGGUUGCCAAACUACUUACAGCCUUUUUAAUAAAAGAGGCUGUGUGUUGUGGAUCCAUUCAUGGAUAAGUUUAUCUUAGUGUUAUUUUUUUAUACCUCACUCUCCAUUUCAGGAAUUACAUAUAAUCUUUGACUUGUUCAAAAUCUUUGACUUGUUUCAAAUUUCAUUUAAAAAUGGUAGAAUUUGUGGUUUUCAUUGUCCCAUUGGAUUUAAGGUAAAAAGGGUUAGAAGAGAGAGGAUUCCUUGAGUCCUCCUUCAGUAAAGCAAGUGGUAGUCUCAGAGACUGACUUAUCAUCCUAUAAAUACUCUUAUAACAAGAAUUUUUAUUUGCAUUUGUAAAAAUGAAAACUCUUAACUCAAGUGUGGAAAACAUAUGUAACUAGAAAGCCAAUAAUAGUUGUUGUUGUUUUUUGGAGGGGGAGACAUUUCAAGUAUUUUCUUCUUUUAUAAUAUGAAAUGAUAUAGAUGCUUCAAAAGGUAGAAGUUACUGUACUACAAAUGCAGAUGAGUUUUUGUUUAUAAUGAUCAUAUUCAUCUGAAGUUGCCUACAGUAAGCAAAUAUUUGUACAUACUUUUAAACAUGGAUUUCAUCAAGGAAAUUCAUGUUUCAUAACAACAACAGUGUUGCCCCUUUUCUAAGAUAUAUUCCAAGUAUCCUUGGAAAACCACUUCAUUAUUUCUUAAAUUAUUAAGAUUUUCUAAAUCAAAGAGCCAAGGUUAAAUAGAAAGUUUUAAAAUCUCCUUUGUACAGACACAGCCUCAGUCAUUCUUUUCUAUCUACAUUUUCACUUAAAGAUACAUGCACUAGCAGGCUGAUUUUAGGAAAUCAUGUCAAGCCAGAAAAUGAACCAAGAAAAUGAAAUUUUCAAACAAGAUAAGUUUUUGUUCAGAAAUAUUUCCCCUCUAAUAUAAUCAAAUUUAGAUAUCAAUUCCAUAUUCACUAUUGACAGAGUCCUACAGAAAGCAUCGUUAAAAACAAGGGACGGUCACAUCCUGAUUAUGUUUGAUCCAGUGACAAAAGUUCCAGGGCCCAGAAGUGUUCCACUGAGCAGUUGAUCAUAAAAGUUUGAAAUAAUGUUUUGAAGCAGCCCCACCCUUAGGGGAACCCAUUCAUGUGUUUCUCAUGUGGUUCUUUGCUUCUUGUAAAUAUUGCCAUGAGUGUUUCAAGAGUCUGCCAAAUCCUUUGAUGUAAAUAUUUUGGUCAGUCUGGUUAUCUGGUGAGUCAGAACGCUUGCUCCUUUGAUGCAGCUGACAGAUUAUACUGAAAUGACCAAACGCCCAGUUACGGCACUAUGCCACGUACCUAACUGCCCGUGCUUACUUAUCAGAGUAACUGAGCGGUCUUGAAAAGCUAGCAUCUGCAUGGAGGAUACUUCCUUUCUUUCCCUCAAUGAAAAGGGCAUUUUGCAUAAAAUAAGACUCAAGAUGGAAAAGAAAACAAUUUGUCUAGACUGAUGAUUUUCUUCCCCAGCAAGCCAAACCCCUCCCCAUGUAGAGUUUGAUAUGUGCCCAGAAGAGGCUGUCCCAGUGGUUGUGCUGGAACUGGCUCGCGCAAACUCAUGACAGUGGAUCAUUAUAUUUUCAGGAAUUUUAUGUUAGUUGUUAAAAACAACCAUCAUUAAAUAUUAAAUUAUAAAACAAAAUGGAAUAAAUGUUAUUAUAAACAAAGGUAAUAGUCAAAACUACCACUUCCUAAUUAUUUUACUACAGUUUUCAAUUUAUCUCUACUCUUGAGGAUAUGUCAAUUGUACCUGCAGUUGAAAUGCUACACAGUAUUAUAGAGAUCUCCUGUGCACCUCCUCCUGGCUCCAUGUUCAGUAACAUCACAUCGGUAGCUUGAAAUCGACCAUAGUGGGAGUAUUUACCCCAAAGAAAUAUCCAAAUGCUACAAAUCAUGGCCUUUGAUUCCUGGAAAUCCCAUUGUUAAGUAUUUACUGGCACACAAUUGAAUGCCACCAUCACUUUUUCUCUGGAAAAUGAAUAAUUGGAAACAGGAUAACAUUAUUAAAAUGAUAUUAGAUGCAGUCAUUCAUCUUCAGAUGGCUGCAAUUUUGUUUUAGUUUUUAACCUCUGAAGAUUCUGAUUAGGGUCUCAGUAACAUUUGAUAUUUAUAUUUUAUUCAUAAUUAAAUUGUUUCAUCAGGGAGAUGUGUAUAAAAUAUAUCUCUCUAUGGUGUUUGGCAAGGGAAAUCUUGGCGAUGCAGCCUCAGUGUGAGCAAUAAGAACUCCAGGCUAAAUUCAGGGAAAUGUUAGCCUAAUUAGAGGAUCAGUGAAAAUGUGCUUCAGCACCAAUUUUUAAGUUUAUAAUUGUAGCAUUUGCGAAAAGCAGGAAAAAUAGUGGCACAUUUCUGUGCCCAGAUUCUAAUAAAUACAGCUCAACUGAAACCCAAACUGUUGAUUUAACUCUGGCAUGAUGCUAAGUCACCACAGAUGAUUUAGGUGUUUGAUUUCCAAAUAGAUGAUGUAUCAGUUGUUAAGUUUCAUAUUCAGGGCGCCCUGUGUAAUCUUGUAGGAAAUCUAUUAACUUAUAUCACAGAUUUAAGAAACUGAUCUGAUACAAGCUUUAAUCAGCAAUUACCAAGGGAAGCAAACUUAUUGAACUCAAGUUGUCCUUAAGAGCUGGAGGCUUUACAAAUUAUGCAUUACUGAAGAGAAUGAUUUGCUCAGAAUGGUGUCACUGAUUGAAUAUUUUAGUGUGAAUUCACGUUCAUUUAUCCGCCCAUAAUCUUCAAAGUCUAUGCUCCCCCCCCCCCAUAUUUAUGUUUCAUUGCUAUAUAAAGAAAGUUCCAACAUAUAACUUUUUUCUUUUUGGCGGUUUUAAGUCAGAACUUUCCAAGCAGAUACUCCCUUUAGCAAAAACUGUCUUUCAGAACAGGAAAAUAAAAUUAAUGUUUUAGAUUUUGCAAGCCAAUUAGGUACAGAGUUAAGAUAUGGAACUUUGGAUUUUAUUUCUAGCCAAGUAAGAGAAAGCCUAAAGCAUUUCUGAUGUCAAAGAACCAAAUCAUAUCUGGCUACUAUAACAAGGAAGUAGGAAAACAUUGUAAGGUAAUAAUAAUCCCCCAAAAAUACAUGCAAUAAGUUCUCCUGAGCUUGAACUUUUAUAGAUUACAUGAAUAUUUAGAAUUUUAAAUUAAAAACAGAAAAUAAGACUCACAAUUAGAGUAUCCAGAGAGAAUGAAUAUUAAGGGAGAGAAGACCUAAUUCAAGUGAUGUUGCCUGAUAAACCGUAUUUAUGUAAGUAAACAGACUUAUUUAAGAUGUUGCAUUUUCACACUCAUAGUAUGAAUACAUUCACAAUUUUCUUAAAACCAUCUAAAUUAUUCCAAAGGACCCAAUCCAACAGUCUAUCUUUAAUGAUGACUCAGUGCAGUACUAUUAAGUAGCAAGCAAUAUUGACCCAACUAUUGGCAAGAUUGCUAUAUUAUCUAUAUAGUUCUGUGAUGCUUUUAUAUCACUUUCAAUUUUUAAAAACAUUUCAUGUCAAAGAACUUUCAAACUUUUAAAAGGCACACCCCAUGUGUCUAUAAUUAUGUAAGACAUCCAUGUCACUGCACACGUUCAAUCCUUUGCACACAUAUACUUCUCAUGUGAAUAUUUCAUUAUUUUAUUUAAUCUAACAUCUAAUUUUCAGAUUCUUGUGGUACUUAUGUGAAAAGUUGGCAUGUGUUUUCUUAUGUUAAGUAUAUAUUCUAGAUGAACCAACAAUGUGUAUUGCUAGGAAAUGAAGCAAAAAUAGGUUAGAUUAUUUUAUAUUUGCAUUUGGAGAAGUAUUAUUUUGUUUUAUUGUUCUGUGGAAACCAUAUUCAUUGUACACUGUGUGUAUUUUUUGUUUAAAUAAAUGUGAUUUUUAUUUUU